GCAUCAUCAUAAGGAAAAACAGAUCGGGAAUUUACAGUUGAACAUGGGAUGCUGGAUAAAAUGGGACGAUAAAGAAAUAACGCUAUGGAAAAUCUGCCCCGUUGAGCGUUUCUAUGAUGGAUGUAAACACAGCUGGCUUCACCUUUCUAAUCAUUCUAUGUAAAUACAAAAUGGCUAAUACUUCGGCUUCUAUAAAAGUUUUUCUCUCUGUUGGCUUUCUUUGUUAUCUAAACUUAGUUUAUGGCCAGUUAAAUCUUGGUAUGAGAGCCGAAUUGGUUACUAUUAAGGAAAUGAUGGCCGAUAUCGAAGGGAAAUUGGAACAGUUUAACACGUUGUAUCUAACGAAUUUGGCGAAAAAAGUUAAAGAUGUCGAAGCCAAACUCGAUACUAUAUCGGAUAAAGUGGAUGAUUUGAGUAAGAAAAGCACGAUAUUAGAAGAUAUUCAACAGUUGGUAAUAUCGAAAAACGAAGCAAUUCAAAGAAUUUCUAAAGAUGUUAGCGAAAUAUUACGAAAACAGAGCAGUAGCGGGAGUUCGAAGUCGAAAGGUGAUUCGUCGAAGUUAGAAAAAAUUGACGAGAACAUUCAAUCCCUCUUCCAGUUAUUCGGUGCUUUAGAUCGGAAAUUUGGUGCUUUACAGCAGGAAGUGGAGCACAUGGUAAGAAGGAGCAUGAACUUUCCAUCUUUAGCCGAAUCUCAUGAUUACGUUACUUAUCUUGGAAACAAAAUGGCGUCUUUAGAAGUGGCGGCGAAGAACCUAGGCGAUUGUUUAGAAUGCCAUCACGCUCCUUUGGGAUUGUCGUUGAAGGAAGCUAUUAAAAAAACAUUAGAAGCGCAAAAGGCACCGAUCACGGCGUGUAGUAUAUCAGAGAUCGAUCGAUCUAUGAUCAAAGUCUUGGAAAAUCAAUGGCAGCCUCAAUUCGAAGCGGCUCAGACGGAUAUCUUGCACAAGUUAGAUACUUUAGGUCGAUUAUUGGUCGAUAUCAGAAAGCACAUCAAGCAGGACGACGUGCCGAACGAUACCGAAGUCACUUCUAAUCCACUCUGUCCAGAUUUUGGAAGAGGGCCUAGCAUAGCGCUGAGGAGCGAUGACACAGUCAGAGACGUUAACAGUCCCGGGCGUAUAUUCAGGAAGCUGUGGAGAAAAUUAACGGAUCCUGUAAGUAAAUUGAACGAGAAGAUGGAUCAGCUUAAGCAUACCAUAGAUUCUGGCUCGUCAAAGUGGUGUAACAACACAUUUUCCAAGAUUACCGACUUACUGACUAAAGAAAAGCAUUCUGAAGUAUGUAUCGCUCAAUAUAAGGCUCUUCAGGAGACGACUAAAGAUACGAAUCUUCGAUUAGGUUAUAUCGAAUCACGACAAAUGAGCGUGCAAAACAUUUGCAGCAAAAUUUUGGUCGAAGUUGAACGCCUUCGUCACAGUCUUAUUCCUCCAAUUGUCCAACCUACUGAAGAAGCGCAAACACCUAGCGAUCAAGCUAGAAGCUGUGCAGAUCUGCAAGUGAGAGGGAACAUAGUUAAUGACGUCUACACCAUUCUACCUAAAGGUACAACGGAACAGUUCAAUGUCUAUUGCGAUUUCAGAACCGAUGGAGGAGGUUGGACCGUCAUACAAAGAAGAGGAGAUUAUGGCGAACCGCGAGAGAAUUUUACUCAAGGUUGGGAAGCUUAUAAAUUGGGUUUCGGUGACUUGUUACGCGAGUUCUGGUUGGGCAACGAAAAAAUUUCACAGCUGACUUCGCAGGAUAGCGUCAAAUUAAGGAUCGAAUUAGAAGACUUCGACGGUCAUAGAGCUUUUGCUGAAUAUUCUAGAUUUUAUGUCGGAGAAGAGAGCGAUCAAUACAGAUUAAAUGUGGGGGAAUAUUCAGGAAAUGCUACAGAUUCUCUAAGUGUGCACGAUGGUAAAAUGUUCUCGACAAUCGAUAGAGACAAUGACGAAGUUGCAUCCUGUUGCAAUUGUGCGACUACUUUUAAAGGAGGCUGGUGGUAUUACAAGUGCUUCGAAGCCAAUCUCAACGGACCUUAUCACAGCGAUCCUACGGAUAAUGGCUACUUUCAAGGCAUUAUAUGGGAACGUUGGAGAGGAGAUUACUCUCUAAGAUACGCAGAAAUGAAGAUUCGACCCUUAUAUUUUGACAACUUGAAAGAUCCUUGAUGUGGUUUAACAUCUCCUCCUUCUAUGUCUACAUCUA